GUACAUCUUCAUAUUGUACAUCUUCAUGUACUUCUGAGGUACAUCUUCAUAUUGUACAUCUUCAUGUACUUCUGAGGUCAAGGCUGUUUGAAUUGAAAGAGAAGGGCAAGGAUCGUGAAAGUGGAGCAACACAGUAUAUAGGGGGCGCUGGGGAAAGCUACUUUGAAACCAGAAAACGAAUGUUGAAUGAGCGAGAAAUGAAGAUAAAAAAUGCUCUUACUGAAGUCCGUAAACAGAGACAACUUCGAAGAAAAAAUCGUCUUCAGAAACAAAUACCCAUUAUAUCAGUGGUGGGCUACACAAAUGCAGGUAAGACAUCUUUAAUCAAAGCUCUGAGUGGUGACGAGAAUCUAGAGCCCAAAGAUCAAAUGUUUGCUACUCUUGACAUCACAGCCCAUGCAGGAUUCUUACCAUGUGGUCAGAAAGUGUUGUUUAUGGACACAGUAGGAUUUAUUUCAGACAUACCAACAGGUCUGAUUGAAGCUUUUGCAGCAACUCUAGAAGAUGUGACCAUAUCUGUAAGUAAAUAUCUUUCAUUAUGGAUAUAG